GGCCUCAGAUGAUCUCUGAAAUGGUUCACUACUCACUUGACCCAGAAAACCUGACAAAGGCAUGCAAAUCAAGAGGUUCAAAUCUUCGUGUUCACUUUAAGAAUACACGGGAAACUGCCCAGGCCAUCAAGGGCAUGCAUAUCCGAAAAGCCACCAAGCAUGUGAAACAUGUCACUUUGCAGAAGCAAUGUGUGCCAUUCCCACACUACAAUGGUGGGGUUGGUAGGUGUGCCCAGGCCAAACAGUGGGGCUGGACACAGGGUCGGUGGCCCAAGAAGAGUGUUGAAUUUCUACUGCACAUGCUUAAAAAGGCAGAGACUAAUGCUGAACUUAAGGGUUUAGAUGUAGAUUGUCUGGUCAUUGAGCACAUCCAGGUGAACAGAGCCCCCAAGAUGUGGCAAAGAACUUACAGGGCUCAUGGUCAGACUGACCCAUACCUGAGCUCUCCCUGCCACACUGAGAUGAGCCCCACGGAAAAAGAGCAGACUGCUCCUACACCAGGAGAGGAAGUUGCACAGAAGAAAAAGAUAUCCCAGAAGAAACAGAAGAAACAAAAACUUAUGGCCCGGGAGUAAAUUCUGCACAAAGCACAGGCAAAUAAAAGUAAAAUCAGAAAAAAAAAAAAAAAGAAAGAAAAAAUCCAAAGCCUUCCAGAAUCUUCUGGAUGGAUGCCAUUCUCUUUAGCAUGAGGCCAAUGAAGCCCCUCACACCACCUCCACAAUGCUCAGCCUACAUGGUAAGACCACUCCAGAAGUGGGGGCCCCUCCUCCAGCCAGGCCUCUGCCAUCCCUGCCCACUCUCCAAGGUUUAUCUGAUGACAACACCGGAGCCUUGCCCAGCCUGG